UCGGUUGCUUGCUAACUUGUUAGCAUGGCUACUGCCUAAUCACAAAUACACUGCAGUGCAGCAGCGGAGAGGAUAGGAUCGGGUCUGUUCCACUUUUCCUUCACAUUCUUCCAUUGUUUGCGCUUUUGUUUUAAUCGAGAUGGGGACGCGAGACGACGAAUAUGACUACUUGUUUAAAGUGGUCCUGAUUGGAGACUCUGGUGUGGGGAAGAGUAACCUGCUGUCUCGUUUCACCCGCAAUGAAUUCAACCUUGAGAGCAAAAGCACUAUUGGAGUGGAGUUUGCUACACGUAGCAUUCAGGUGGAUGGAAAGACUGUGAAAGCUCAGAUCUGGGACACAGCUGGACAGGAACGCUACCGGGCCAUCACUUCAGCGUAUUACCGGGGCGCUGUUGGGGCCCUUCUAGUGUAUGACAUCGCCAAGCACCUGACUUAUGAAAAUGUGGAGCGUUGGCUUAAGGAGCUGAGAGACCACGCAGACAGCAACAUAGUCAUCAUGCUCGUGGGAAAUAAAAGUGACUUGCGUCACCUUCGGGCCGUGCCCACUGAUGAAGCACGUGCAUUUGCAGAGAAAAAUGGUCUGUCCUUCCUAGAGACCUCAGCUUUGGAUUCCACUAAUGUAGAGACCGCUUUUCAGACCAUCCUGACUGAAAUCUAUCGGAUCGUAUCCCAAAAGCAGAUGUCUGACCGCCGAGACAAUGACAUGUCACCUAGCAACAAUGUGGUGUCCAUCCAGGUGCAACCUACUGAGAAUAAACCAAAGAUGCAGUGCUGCCAGAGCAUCUAGCAGCACCAGUCCAGUCCCGUACCCUCCUCCAACCACCCACCUGCAACACCCCCCUCCUCCCCUCCUCUUCAAGACUGCUUUGGCUCUGAGAUGCAGCUGCACAACUAGGCUUGAGCACAGAGGCUGGUUCCAAAAGCUGGAAUCUCAAAGGGUCACCACCUGCAGUCUGGACUAAGCUUGUUGUUUUGUUUUUGUUUGUUUGUUUUUUUUUUUAGUUGGUUUUCCUCCUUCCUGCCAUGGUAGGCUUUUAUAUUGCAGGAUUUUAAUAAUCAUCUGUGUCGAUCUUCACUGAAAUGUCUUAAUAUAUAAUUUCAUUCGCAAACGUGUGAGGCUCGCUCAUGUAUGUCUUCAGUAGCAGCCCCCUUGUCACUGGGGUGGAGGGGAGAAACGUGCAGUAUUGGAGGUUUUGCUAUAUUUAAUGUUGUGAUUGUAGAGAGAUGAUGUACCUGAUAGAUGUUAGAUGACCAUUAGGGCCCAGAGACCACAGUCUUCACCUUUCAGCCAUCUUCCAAGUAUGGUUUACAUUGCAUGUACAUUUCCUUUACUCACUUGGCACGGGGUACAUUGCAUUAAUGACUUCACCAUCAGGCCAGUGGAAGAGGCCUUAAGGCAUAUAGCUACCGCACCGUUUUCUCUUCACCAUCACGCGCUUCGAGGUAGAAUAGUUGUUUUAGUGCCUUUUUUUGAUGGAGCGUCACACGGACGCCUUCACGCAUGUGCUUAAAACGCUGCACCUCUUCAGCUACCCGUGCCAGUGCAGCAAGGCCUUCAUCACACACUAGAAUUAUGCUGUAGUGUAGUCCAACACGGAUCCUUUCUUUUUGUAUUCCAGCCCUUUUAGUUAUUGUCCUCGAAUAGCAAAAGUUCAAUUGGUAAAAACAAUAAUUGAUGUCAUAAUGCAAAAAGAGGGGGAAGUAGUUUAGCAAACAGGCACAAGUUCUCUUUGAAACACUACCACAGACCGAUUCAGUAUGAAACGAGGGAAUAGAGACUUCCUCUAAAAGCAACGUAAACCCAUUGUACUUUUGCAGGUCACGCUCUGCCGUUAAAGUCAGAACAGGAAAAACACGCAGCAGUGAAUACUGGCCAGCUGACGGCCACAUCACAUGAGAGCACUCUAGGGAAUAGACUGGAUACUUGCUUUUUUUUUUGUUUUUGCACUGAAUGUAAAAUAUCUCUCCCGGUUUGACUUGCCGCCACUACAGUUUAUGAUCUUAAGACCUGUAACUUGUAUUUAUUCUGUGGUAGUCAUUUAAAUCGAGUUAUUAGCCUUUAAUCUUUGUGGCGAAGUGGUGAGACUUUUAAAUGAUAAGACACAGUGUGAUAAUUUAUGAAUGUAUUAUGUGUUUUAGCCUACAAAAAAGUCUUUGUCUUGAGUCCAGCAGAUGGAGAAACUACCACAAGCUGUGAUGCUCGUCUUCGCUUAAUGGCUGUCUAAUAAAACUUACUCAGUGUGACACAAAAUAUCAGUAAAGACUGAACUAAUAAUGCAUGUUGUAUAAUGGUCACCACAGGUGACCUCAGAGUGGAAGAAUACUGUAGACAUCAGCAUCUUAGUCUGCAACCCUGAAGUCAUUUAUUUGCUGGAAAUUUCACUUUGGUUAUCGAUCCCCUUGACUUUAAUUACCCCAGCACUAGGUAAAGCAACAUAGUUUGCAUAU